AUGGCUAAGGAAGAAGAGCUCAAGAGAGUUGAUUUGAAGGUGAACGUGAGCUGCUGCGACGGCUGCAGGAGGAAGGUGAUGAAGGCCAUGAACCUCAAGGGCGUGCUGAGGACGGAGAUCCACCCGUCGCUCGACCGGGUCACCGUCGUCGGCAACGUCGACACCAAGGUGCUCGUCAAGAAGCUCGCCAAGGUCGGCAAGAUCGCCGAGGUGGUGGAGGCGGCGGUGCCCGAGCAGCAGAAGAAGCGCGAGGGCGAUGUUUAUUUCCUGGAAUCCUAUGUUGAACUGUUGAUCGAGCAAAAUCACAUCGCGAUGCAUUUCUCGCGACGCAACAUCUCAGAGAAAUUUAUCAGACCGCAAGAGUUAGUGCUUCUCCAAUCACACCCCGCAAAAAACCUACCGCAUCCGUCUGGACGGAGGACCAGUCCACAGACACGGAUGCAGGAGGAUGUCAUCCAAUCGUAG